AUCCAAUUGCGUCUGCAUACAAAGGGCACGUGUUCCAUAAAAACAUGCAACGGCAGAUGCUAAUGUCUCACGGACCUGACGCUCAUCGAACGUAAACAAACAAAAAUUCACCUCGGCACAAGUGUUUUAGGUAUUGGUAUAGUCUGUUUAUUUACCAUCCACCGCUGGAUCCUUAGAAUCCGCACGCAGCCGACGUCGAGUAUCGAGGCUAGAGUAUCGAGUACCUACUCUCGCUCAUUUGUGUCGCAGACAGCCGCGAGUGUAGUUACGAACUACUUCGUAAUAAAGUUCUCCGUUCGUUCGACGAUCAAUCGUCAAAAUGGAUAAAUCCGAACAAAAGAAAAUAUUGAAGCGUGAUUACACGCGCAACAAAAGGGAAAUACUUGCUGAAAAACGCGCAAAGAGUCUGGCGAGAUUGGAAAAGAUGAACAUUGAAAAACGACAGGAACUUGCCAUCAAACGAAAUAACGCAGGGAGUGCAAGAACACGGGAAAUGCGUAGCAACGGUCCCAAAAAGAAGCCCGUUCAGUCAUCGCCAUACUUUUUACGUCAACGCAAGCAGAAUUCAGCAGUAGUGCCCAGCCCAAAAAAUUUAUUGCUGGAACAAAACUCCAAGGAAGAAACACCCGAAGUCGAUCAAAGAAACGUAGGUCCUGAAAAUUCUGAAACAGAUACUUGUGACGAUUCUAUGGAUAUUGAAAAUGAUCCUUCUUUCGCGAACGGCUGUGAAAUUGUUGCUUCCAAAAAUGAUAAGAGCAUUGAAAACUAUACGUGCUCUGAAAACGAUAAUAAGUUGAUUAUUAAUUUGAAUGAAAAAAUUGCAACUACUCGUUUUCGCGAACAAAAAUUGCGCCGAAUCGUUGGAAGAUUAGAAAAAGUAAUAAAACGAAAAGAUUUACUCAUAUCCCAAUGGAGAAAUAAGUGUAGCAAAUUAAGAAAGGGAUUUGCGAUGAUAAGGGAAGAAGAGAUUACGAUAAAAAUGUCAAAGAUGUGCAUGAUGUUUUGAAUUGCGCAUCGACGAAACCAAUAAAUACGCGCCUUUGUUCCCGGUUAAGAAAGAAAAAUAAUAAGCCAACGCAAAGAGCCAAGAAUAAAUUAUCGCGCGAGUACAUUGAAAUAAUUUUGAAAAACGAAAGAGUUUCAGGAGUUGGCUUGACAAUCGUAUAUAGCAGCAACAAAAAUUUAUUUCCAACGACACACUUCAAAUUUCAUACGACCUGUCGCGCGUGAAUUUAUAUACCAAGUUUUCGACGUCGCUUUGCAUUUGUCAUUUGCGGUGAUACCUGACAUCUUUACUCGCCAGCUUAUCGCGUUUUUUUUGUCAGUAAAUUUAUUUCAAGUACAUAGAAAGAAAAACUCUCAACUUCCAAGUUAGAAGUUACGAACAUUUUUCCAAAUUUAUAAUUCAUGUUAAGUUUUCAACGCCCGCUGCAAAUAACGACGAAAGUUUGGAAUGUUGAUAUAUUUCAGAUCGUAAUUACUCUUUCGACCGCGAGAAAUUGUAAAUUUUUUUAUGAAUUUUUUUUAAUGAAAUUAAGCGCUGCGAAUUAACAAAUUUUCGUGAGUUACAAAUUUAUAUGUAAGGUCGCCGACCUAAGACUGGCAUUUAAGUACAUUAGCAAAAAUUUUUUCUAAUUUUUUUUUCUUUAUAUUUAAUAAAGUAGACAUGUGAAAUGAAAAAUCAAUGCGAGUA